AUGAAGCUCGCGCGGCGCGUGGGCGUCCCGAUGGUUGGCGUGAACCUUCCCGCGCACUUCAUGAUCCGGCCCGUCGUGGAGGACAUGGAGGUGCUCGUGGAUUGUUUCAAAGGCGGCGAGCUGGUGUUCGUGGAGGACGUCGAGGACAUGCUGAAGACGUAUUACACGAUGGGGGAGAGCGAGAAGCUGACGAUCGAUCGAUCGUUCUUCAACGACAACGAGGUGAAACCGCGGUCGUUCUUCACGCGGGUGUUGACAAACUUGAAGCAGAUUUACUUCAACGAGGACAUGUACGAGGAAGCGCUGCUGAUCAUCGCGUACCAGAAUCACUGCUCCCCGGACGAGCGCGUGCGGCUGUUCAACCGGCGGGACGGCGGGAUCUGUUUGUUUCUGAUGAACCGAAUGGAAGAGGCGAUCGAGGAGCUGAGCGGGUACUUGGAAGAGACGUCGGAGAAGUUCGGGGAGGCGGCGACCGCGGACGACGGGGGGAAGGUCGAGGCGAUGAUAACCGCCGCGAAGGAGGUGUUACAAAGAGCCGCGGUGAAACGGAGCGUCGAGGAGGCGAUUGGAAAAAAAACAGAAGACGCGGCGGGCGCGGACGACGACGACGAGAAAGACGACGACGAGAAAGACGACGACGAGAAAGACGCCGCCGCGUCCGACGGAAAAGUUGUAUCGGACGACGUCGCGGCACCGGGGGACGGCGACGAGGGGAAGCGGUGA